GUGGUUCAUCCAUUUUUAGUCGCGAAGCAGUAUAUGCGAAUUUGCAAGCUUAUGCAUGUAAAAUUUAACAUGCCCGCAGUCUUCUCUUUUCUUCAUACGAAACUCUUCGUUUCUUCAUUACUGAAGUAUCAAAAAGUUCAAAAUUGAGUUAUGUAGUGGAUUGAACAAAUAAAUCGCUAUACAAGCUAUACAACUUUCGUGGUUGAAAUCGACAAAAAGGUGCAUUUUUAACAGUCAGUAUAUAUUUCCAAAAAUGAAUUCAGCAAUCCUUGAUCCAUUAUAUAGCGAUAUUUUGGUACCUGGCACAGAAAAUGGUUCCACAGUAUAAUCAAUCGCAUCUUUAUAACUUCAUAUGAAAACGAGUCACCCUAACGUGAUUCCUCUAAUUGAUGCAUGACAAACGUGCGAUUUCAUUGUGAGUCAGGUGGAAGAAGAUUAGAGCAAAUCGAAUCGUCCGUUAUCAAUUGAUAAAUAAAAACUCUUUACGUAUUCGUCGGAGACGUUAUCUCGCAUGGGAAAUAUUUUAGUUUGGGCCGAUGGGCCACUCCAUUAGUAGACCGCACUCCGGGUAGUGAAGACUAGCAUAGUUGGAUAAGAAUAUCAUAAUUAAGUUGCAAUGUUCGACAAGUGUCGGAUGCGAAACUUUGGAAAGCUACAUAUCUUCUGGAAGAUCUACCUGUCUACGUUGUGUCUGCUGGUAAUCUACAAUGAGUACCUCAUCCACAUAUUUCACAGUCUGCAAUGGUCGCAACUGGAAUGUCAGACAGAUGUCUCAAAAUUUUACUUGUGGCGGAUCCCCAAAUAUUGGGCAACACUUUCGAUAAGAAACUUUAUUGGCCCUUGGCGAAUUUGGAUUCUGACUGGCAUCUCUCAAAAACGUAUCGGAAAGCCUUGCAGCACACGACACCGGACGUAAUCUGCUUCCUGGGUGACUUGAUGGACGAAGGAAGUGUGGCCAGUGCUGUCCAGUACGACGAAUACUACGCUAGAUUUGCGAACAUUUUCCCGCAACCGAAGGCGAGCACAUUGAUGAUCUACAUUCCAGGUGAUAACGACAUCGGAGGUGAGGGCCGGGAUCAGAUCACGGAGGAAAAUGUACGACGGUUUCGGCAGUAUUUCGAUGAACAGCCGACGUGGGAGUUGACAACGCACAAGGCGAAAUUCUUCAACGUAAACCGCUUCACCGGAUUCAUGCCACCAACGGAUGAUAUCAGUUGGGACUCGGAAUCGUAUUCGAUAAUGCUAAGCCAUAUGAGCUUACUUAAGAAUGCCAAUUCCUUCUCAGAAAGGGCGAUCGAUGUAUUUCGCCCACAAAUCAUAUUCUCAGCGCACGAUCACGUAUCUAAAAUGGCAGUGGUUCACAAGAGUGAUCUUUUCCGGGCAAGCGAUCAUAUUCUCCUGAACACAGAUCGCAAUAAGCGAAAUGAAAUCUCGUCAUUCAAUCUCGUUAAUCUACGAUAUAGACAAGAGCUGCUGGAGAUAAUGGUGCCGACCUGUUCGUAUCGGAUGGGUGUCAUGAAGAUCGGCUACGGCUAUGCGGUGUUAGACGGUGACGAGCUGAAAUACACGGUUCUAUGGACUUCGCAACGGUUCUACCAGCUGGCGAUUUAUUCGCUGAUGAUCAUCCCACUGAAGCUACUUUGCGGACAAAUUUGGUGCGUCAUCUUUAAACGAUACUGGUGCUGCUGUAGGUCCAGGAAUCGCAAUUAUCUUCCGUUGCCGAUUGGUUAACCUUAAGGAUGUUUAAACUAAGCUACAACUAUCUCACAUUCCAAAAUCAUAAGAUACAAAGUUUUCGACUUCAAAAAUAGUAUAAGUAACACUGUUUUAUUUGAUUAAUGUAUAGAAUGAUUAACAAAAGCAUAUACCGUUUUGAAGUUUUGAAUAUCGUUUCUGUAUUAAAAUGCUGAAAGUACACAAGUUUUAUUAAUAA